GCUCGCUUAGAGUUGAGCCUGAAUGGAAGUGGCGCGCAGCCGCUGAUAUUACCCGGGCCGGGCGGCUGGGUUUCGGACGCCGGCCGGGGUUCGGGUACCUAGAACUCGGGAGCAGAGCGGACCGCGAGGAGGCGGCGGCGGAGGCGAGCAUUGGCGGAGGGGCGGCUGCGCGUGGCCCCAAGACAUGGCUCACAACAAGAUCCCGCCGCGAUGGCUAAACUGUCCGCGGCGCGGCCAGCCGGUGGCAGGAAGAUUCUUACCUCUGAAGACAAUGUUAGGACCAAGAUACGACAGUCAAGUUGCUGAAGAAAAUCGGUUCCAUCCCAGUAUGCUUUCAAAUUAUCUGAAGAGUCUAAAGGUUAAAAUGGGCUUAUUGGUGGACCUGACAAAUACUUCAAGAUUCUAUGACAGAAAUGACAUCGAAAAAGAAGGAAUCAAAUAUAUAAAACUUCAGUGUAAAGGACAUGGCGAGUGCCCUACAACGGAGAAUACCGAGACAUUUAUUCGUCUGUGUGAGCGGUUUAAUGAAAGAAACCCACCUGAACUUAUAGGUGUUCAUUGUACCCAUGGUUUCAAUCGCACUGGUUUCCUCAUAUGUGCCUUCUUGGUGGAGAAAAUGGAUUGGAGUAUUGAAGCAGCAGUUGCUACCUUUGCUCAAGCCAGACCACCAGGAAUUUAUAAGGGUGAUUAUUUGAAAGAACUUUUUCGUCGCUAUGGUGAUAUAGAGGAAGCACCACCCCCACCUCUGUUGCCAGAUUGGUGUUUUGAGGAUGAUGAGGAUGAAGAUGAAGACGAGGAUGGAAAAAAGGAAUCAGAACCUGGGUCAAGUGCCUCCUUUGGCAAAAGGAGAAAAGAACGUUUAAAACUGGGUGCUAUUUUUUUGGAAGGCGUAACUGUUAAAGGUGUGACUCAAGUAACAACUCAACCAAAGUUAGGAGAGGUACAACAGAAGUGUCAUCAAUUCUGUGGCUGGGAAGGGACUGGAUUCCCUGGAGCACAGCCUGUUUCCAUGGACAAGCAAAAUAUUAAACUUUUGGAGCAGAAGCCAUACAAAGUAAGCUGGAAAGCAGAUGGUACUCGGUAUAUGAUGUUGAUUGAUGGCACAAAUGAAGUUUUUAUGAUUGAUAGAGAUAAUUCAGUGUUUCAUGUUUCAAAUCUGGAAUUUCCAUUUCGUAAAGAUCUCCGUAUGCAUUUAUCAAAUACUCUCUUAGAUGGGGAAAUGAUUAUUGACAGAGUAAAUGGACAGGCCGUUCCUAGAUACUUGAUAUAUGACAUAAUUAAAUUCAAUGCACAGCCGGUUGGAGAUUGCGAUUUUAAUAUUCGUCUGCAGUGUAUAGAACGAGAAAUAAUAAAUCCUCGACAUGAAAAAAUGAAGACGGGUCUCAUUGACAAAACACAGGAACCAUUUAGUGUCAGAAAUAAGCCAUUUUUUGACAUCUAUGCUUCAAGAAAGCUACUUGAAGGAAAUUUUGCCAAAGAAGUCAGCCAUGAAAUGGAUGGACUCAUUUUCCAGCCCACAGGAAAAUAUAAACCUGGUCGAUGUGAUGAUAUUUUGAAAUGGAAGCCUCCCAGUCUGAAUUCUGUGGAUUUUCGCCUAAAGAUAACAAGAAUGGGAGGAGAAGGGUUACUUCCUCAGAACAUUGGCCUUCUCUAUGUUGGAGGUUAUGAAAGACCCUUUGCACAAAUCAAGGUGACAAAAGAGCUAAAACAGUAUGACAACAAAAUUAUAGAAUGCAAAUUCGAGAACAACAGCUGGGUCUUUAUGAGACAGAGAACAGACAAAAGUUUUCCUAAUGCCUACAACACUGCCAUGGCCGUGUGCAACAGCAUCUCAAACCCUGUCACCAAGGAGAUGCUGUUUGAGUUCAUCGACAGAUGUGCAGCAGCUUCUCAAGGACAGAAGCGAAAGCAUCAUCUGGACCCAGACACCGAGCUAAUGCCUCCACCACCUCCCAAAAGACCUUUGACCUAAAGACCUGCCUCUGGCUUCAGGAUUGAGAGGAAAGAUGAGUGACAAAAAAAUGCUGUUGCCCCAUUUUUUUGCAACC